GUGGCGCUACAAGACGUGGCGCGCGAGAACUCCAAAGUCCCAGAGUUGAGCUCCAACAAUGGCUUCCACGGUGACGCUGGAGAAGACGACCACCGUCCAGAGCGGCGGCGGCAUGGAUGCCGUGGCGCCCAGGACCAUGAGAUCUCCUCUCCUGAUGAAGGGGCGCAAGGUUGGCGACUGCGGCGGCGAGGACGCCACGGACAAGUGCUGCGGCCGGAGGUGCGAGCUCGUCAGCUACGACAAGCUCCCGGAGUUCCUCAAGCACAACGAGUUCAUCGUCGACUACUACCGCAGCGAGUGGCCGAUCAAGGAGGCGCUCCUCAGCGCCUUCUCCAUCCACAACGAGACCAUCAACGUCUGGACGCAUCUGAUUGGCUUCUUCGUCUUCCUCGCGUUCACCGCGUGCGCCGCCACGAUGGUGCCAUUGGAGUACGAGGCGUCUCACUCUCACCUGGCGACGUCCACGGGCCGCCUGCCCAACAUCACCGGCAACGCCUCAGUGGUGCUGAUGACGAGCUACUACAGCGCCGACGGAGCGGUGGCGGGCACAAUAGUGAAGGCGCUGCGCGACGCGUCCGUCGAAACCGAAGCCGCCGCCGCCGCCGCGCUGUCGGCACCGGGGCACCGCGUGGCGCGGUGGCCGUUCUACGCGUACCUGUGCGGCGCCAUGUUCUGCCUGCUGAUGAGCAGCGCGUGCCACCUGCUGGCGUGCCACUCGGAGCACGCCUGCUACGUGCUCCUCCGCCUGGACUACGCCGGCAUCACGGGGCUCAUCGUCACCUCCUUCUACCCGCUCGUCUACUACACCUUCCUGUGCGACCCCUUGGCGCAGGCGCUCUACCUCGGCUUCAUCACCGCCUCCGGCGCCGCCGCCGUGGCCGUCUCCCUGCUCCCGGUCUUCGAGCGGCCGGAGCUGCGGUGGGCGCGCGCGGGGCUGUUCGCGUGCAUGGGCAUGUCGGGGCUGGUGCCCAUCGUCCACAAGGUGCUCGUGUUCGGUGACCGCCCGGAGGCCGUGGUCACGACGGGGUACGAGAUGGCCAUGGGCGCCUGCAACCUGGCCGGCGUGGCGGUGUACGCCACCAGGGUGCCCGAGCGGUGGAUGCCCGGGCGGUUCGACCUCGCGGGGCACAGCCACCAGCUGUUCCACGUGCUCGUCAUCGCCGGCGCCUACGCGCACUACCUCGCCGGCCUGGUCUACCUCGGCUGGAGGGACAUGGAUGGGUGCUGAGGCUACUGAUGAGAGGGCGACGCGCGCAAGCUGUAGAAAUCUGACCGGAUUACUUCUCGCUUUGACUCGGCGUUGAUUGAUUUUCUUCCUUCGGUUUUCUUGUUGCAUUUUUGUUUUGCAGAAAGUGAACAUACAUGUACCAAUGCAAA